AUGAAUCAACAUACAUUAUACAAUCCAAUUGAAUCAGUUUUCAACAGUUCAAAUUCUAAUUCACAAUUUCGGUUUGAUUGUGACUUUACAAAUUUUCUAACCUUUUUACAGAACAAUCAAACAUUGAAUUCUUUUUCAUCAACAAAUGUGCAUUCUUCUUCUUGUCGAAAUAAAUUCAUGCCAAAUUGUAAAGAGUUAUUUCCGUACACCAUCGAUAACGGAACUAUCUCUAUGGAUAAUUCAGUUGAUGUAACAGUAAAACAAAAACAACAAAUCACUGAGAGAUCUUUGACAAAUUUAGUACCAAACUCAAACAAUUACGCAAGAGAUGAUACGAAGUUUAGUUAUUUGUUAAAUCAACAUGAUCACGCAUUAUAUUCUCACUUGAAGAAUAACAAUACACAACCGAAUCAUUUUGACAUAUUAAGAUCAUUUUCAUCACCAUUAGCAUCAUCUUCAACAUCUGUCGCAACAACACAAUCACCAAUAACAUCAUCAUCAUUAUUAUUGUUAUGGCUGAAUCGUUUAAAUGAAUUAGUUUAUGAAAAUCCACAAGAGCUGACAGAGACUAAUUGUAUUUACAAAACUUUGACAAAUUUAUUAUCUGAAUCAUCAACAUCACAUUUCAGUAAUGAUGGUCACAAAUCUGUCUUACAUAAUUUAAACAACUGUCGUGAUUCGGCAAACAUUCAAAAUCAGACAAAGCGUCAUUCAUAUUUAUACAAUAAGAUAUACAAUGAUCAGGAGCAAACUAGAAAUUGUACACCAACUCCAGGAAUAAUACCUACAAACCACAGUAAAAUUCGUGGUCCACCAAAUGUAACAUUUUCUAAAUUAUGGGAUGAUAAUAAGUCUUUAAGUUGUGAUAUUAAACUGAAUGAUGUAUACAGUAAAAGUUGUAAAACAAAUAGAGAUAGAUAUCAAGAGGAAUUGAAUUAUUCACCGUCUUCAUCAAUAACUCCAACUGUUUUUCCUUUUUUCAAUUCUUUAAUGGAUAGUAGAAUGAUGAGAGAAAAUUGCAAGGAAUUAAAUUACAAUAAUGAUAAAAAAUGCUCAGUUCAACUUGACAAAAUGUGUACAGUUGAUCGUAUACUAUAUAAUGAAGCUAGUAAAUGGGAUAACUUACUGAAUAACAAAAGUAAUACACAUUUAUCCGAUUCACCAAUACCAUUCAAUGCAGAUAAACCAAUAAAUCUGAUCAAUUCAGGAAAUACUGACCACUGGAAACUAAAUAAUGAAUGUAAUUUAAACAAAUGUGUACGUCUUAUUAAUGGAGAGAUUAAAAUGAGAGAAGAUUUAUCAGUUUCUGAUUUUAUAUCUAGCGCUAUAAAAUAUGAUAGUUUUAAUAAAUCUACAUAUGAUAAUGGUACAUUAAUUGAAGCUUUAGCAAGUACAAAUAAUUUAGAAAUAUGUUGGGUAAAAUUAAUUCAAAUUAAAAAUGAUUUAACUAAUAAUAAUAUCAGUUUAUCAAGUGAAUUAACAUUUAUUCAAUCUUCAAAACGUCAUCAAUUAUUAGUUGGUAAAAAUGAAAAAAAUUGUAGUAAACAAGCUUCACGUAUGUUAUGGCCUCAUUUCAAUGCUAAAAGUUUUAAUGUGGAUAAAAAACUAGUACUGAAUGUCGCUAAUGAUUAUCCAUUUUUUGUAUAUGGACAUGGAUGGUCAUCUAUUGAGCCAAAUUUAACAUUUAAUCAACAAGAUCUAUCAUGUAGACAGUUGAAAACAGAUGAUAUUUGUUUAGUACUAACCUACUGUGUUUUAUCUGCUAGUAGGAAGAAUCGUGUGACCACUACUAAAUCAUGUACCUAUAAAAUGGCUUUGUCAAAUGAAAAUUAUCCUGUAAAUUUUAAAUCGCAAUCAACUCCAAAAUCAGUCUCAUUUUUAAAUUACGAUGCCAAGAACAACUGUUUACCGUUAACUGGAACAGAAAGAAAAUUUAACAAUGAAAUCAAUCCUGAAUUUUUGGAUUAUCAAAAAAUUCCAAUAAAUUUAAAAUUGAAUUCAAAUGAUCAUUUAUCUUCAAUUUCUUAUUGUAUAGAAAAGAAUAAUAAAUUCAAACAAUCUGAUUCUAAUAUGCCUAUAAUGAAAAAACCAAAAUUAGAAUUAUCUUAUAAGAAAACAAUGAAAUCAAAUACAAUGAUAUCACAUCCAUUUUCUGCUUAUAAUUUAGCUAAAUCACCAGAAAAUGAAAAUAAAUUACAUAAUGAAAACUAA